AUGUCUUUCGUGGUAAUGGCAAUUACCACCCAUCCAUACGUACAGUGCUUUGAUGCCGGCAUGGCACUAACACGGCAUCUCUUUAUACAGAAUAGCAUUGGAGCUGGGCAGUCCAACGGCGGAAACCUCGGUGUGACAGAUGGCAACGGGUUUAAUACCAAUCUAAUCUACGGCAUCGGCAGUCAGUUCAUGACACUACCUUUGGCCACGGCCCGCUGGUCACAGACGCUGCCGAACUUCUUCGAUGAGCUGCUGUAUCUGACCAUGCACGAUGCUCAUUCGCCCACCUGGACAGUCAAGGUAAACAUGGACGCUUUUGCCAUGCUCUCUCUGGACGUCGAAUUACUAACUGUCAGUACAAAGAGCUCCAUUUCCACCAGCGACGCUUCGUCAACCACCUCAGCUAGUCACCUUGCUUCUGCUUCUACGCCUGCCACUUCUCUUUCCUCGAUGGAAGUAGAGGACGUCCAAAUUCCGGAUGCCGCAACGGCGGUUCCAGGCUUUGACGGCAACAAUGACGGCGGUCCACAUAUUGGAGGCGGCGAAAUGAGCUUCGCCAUUUUGCGUAUGCUAGCGGAGACACCCGCCGAGAUGCCCUGGUCAGCCAUGUUCAUUGAGACCUUCUUUGAUGAGGAGUAA